CGUGUCAGAACCAGCAUCACACAAACUCCAGAGAGCAACUCGUCUCCUGACUUUACUGCCUUUGGUGUUUGCUUUUUUUUGGCUUCAGAGAUGCUACUUUCUGUUCUUUUUGUGUUGGGCAUCAGCCUGGUGCCUGCUCACUUCAAGCCUACAGGUGAGACUCUCGGCAGUCCGUUUCUGCAGCAGUGCUUCGAGGACGCCAAGAAACUAGUGGAUGAUGCAUACAAAUACUCCAGAGAAGAGAGUCUAAGGAGGGUUCGUAAGGAAGUGGUGAGACCCCAUGAUGCCCUGCGUCUGCUGAAGCAGCCCCGAGGUGACACCCGCUCCGCCGUGAGGUCCGCAGACUACAUGGCCCAGACGCUCCGCCUGGUCCACGACAGGGUGCACAAUGUGCACAAACGCUCCCUCAACGCGACAGAUCUGCUCACUGGGGACGACAUGCUGAAACUUGCUGAGAUAAGUGGAUGUGCAGCUCGAGUCCGACUCCCACAGUGCCUCACUGUUCCCAACCUGAACAAGUACCGCACAGCCACCAGUGUCUGCAACAACCUAAACAAUCCUCGGCUGGGUGCAUCCAACACCCCCUUCACCCGCUGGCUCCCCGCCGAGUACGACGACGGCAUCUCCCAACCCAAAGGAUGGAACAGAAACAGAACGUUCAAUAACUUCAUGCUCCCGCUGGUACGACAAGUGUCCAACAACAUCCUGAGCAUGACUGAUGCAGGCGUGGUCAAUGACGAUGAGUUUACCCACAUGGUCACGUUGUUUGGCCAGUGGAAUGACCACGACCUCAGUUUUACGCCGGUCUCCCCCAGCAUCCGCUCCUUCAGCAACGGGUUGAACUGUGACGAGAGCUGCGAACAGUCCGAACCGUGCAUCCCAAUCCCGAUCCCUCCUGGUGACCCCCGCCUGCCCUCCCGUCCGGACAGCUGCAUCCCCGCCUUCAGAUCUGCCCCCGUCUGUGGAACAGGAUACUCAGCCUACAACUUUGGGGGAGAGCCCAACAAGAGGGAGCAGAUCAACGCCCUCACAGCCUUCCUGGAUUUGGGGCAGGUGUACGGAUCUGAGGAGAAGCUGGCCCUGUACCUCCGUAACCUCAGCAGUGACGCCGGCCUGAUGCGAGUCAACACAGAGUUCAGAGACAAGGGCCGAGAACUGCUGCCCUUCCACCCCAUGCAGGUGCAGAUGUGCGCCACUCGCCGAAAAAUCACCAACAACCCCAACGCCCAAGAGGUCCCAUGUUUUAUCGCAGGUGAUGUUCGUGUGGACGAGAACAUCGCCCUGACGUCCAUUCACACCCUGUUUCUGAGAGAACACAACCGCCUGGCUCGGCAGCUGAAGAGGCUGAACCCACACUGGGACAGUGAGACCCUCUACCAGGAGGCCCGCAAGAUCAUGGGAGCGUACACACAGAAACUGGUGUUCAAAGACUACCUGCCACAUAUCGUGGGCGAUGAAGCCAUGAAGAAGCAGCUCGACCAGUAUCCAGGCUACAAUUCUGAAAUUGACCCCAGCAUCGCCAACGUCUUUGCAACAGCUGCUUAUCGCUUUGCUCACCUGGCAAUCCAACCAUCUCUAUCCAGACUGGAUGAAAACUACAGGGAGCACCCCCAGUUCCCCAGUGUGCCCUUAUAUGAGGCCUUCUUCACUCCCUGGAGAGUAGUCUUUGAGGGUGGAAUUGACCCUGUGCUGCGAGGUCUUUUGGGCCAACCGGCUAAACUGAACACCCAGGAUCAGAUGAUGGUGGAUGCUUUGAGAGAGAGGUUGUUCCAGUUCGUGCAGCGCCUGGCUCUGGAUCUGGGAUCUCUAAACAUGCAGCGAUCACGAGAUCAUGGCAUACCUGGCUACAAUGCUUGGCGAAAAUUUUGCGGUCUGUCCCAGCCCAGGAACGUGGCGGAAUUGAGCCAGGUUUUGGGAAAUGAAGACCUGGCCCGCAGGCUGCUGCAGCUCUACGGGACGGCUGAUAACAUUGAUGUCUGGCUUGGAGGUGUUGCUGAGCCGUUUGUGCGUGGCGGUCGAGUGGGACCCCUGUUCGCCUGCCUGAUCGCAACCCAGUUCCAGAAGAUCCGUCAGGGUGACAGGCUGUGGUACGAGAACCCAGGCGUCUUCACCCGGUUCCAGAGGAAUGCUUUGCGCUCAGUCAGGCUGUCCAAAAUCAUCUGCGAUAACACCGACAUUACAUCGGUUCCAGUUAACGUCUUCAAAGUCGUCUCAAGACAAAAUCGGAGGGUUCUGUGCUCCAGGCUUUCAGGCAUUAACAUGUCACCCUGGAGAGACAGAUCCUGUGUUGGUGAAAACUGUUUCGGGAACACAUUUCAAGAGGAUUUAUAUAAGGAGGAUCUAAACAACAUAGAUUUAGAUGAGUUGGAUCAGAUUGACCCAGAGGUCGACCAAGACCUUGAGGUAGACCCUGAAAACCUGAACAAUGAGAUCCAGUAGAACUUCUUGAUCUCUGAUGCCGUCCUGGAAAACAAGCCUUCAUCAUCAGAACUACACAUGCACAGUAUUGUGAGCGUGUGCAGGUCAUCCUCAGUCAAACAGAACCCUACUGAGCACAUACUGGCGGGUCUACAUGUGUCGUCUUUGGCAUCAGUUCAGGAGAUGAAUUGCUGCUAAGUUGAAAACAAAAUUUCAAAUGUUUUUUGUUAUGUUUUAGUUUACAAUAUGAGUUUCCAAAAUUACUUUUGGGCUAAUGUGCAUUGAUUAUGAAUGAAUCAGAUCUGCCAAACCCUGUUACAGCAUGAAUGCUAGAAAGAUUUGUUCUUUUCCCUCUUUCUUUUUGGCCAGUUUUGAUGAUUUGUGUCUAAAUAAAUGUUUUAAGCCUGAAUUGGACAUUCACUUUAUGCAUUUUCAAUCUGCAUUGUUUUACCUCGGUCAUGUACCUUAAUGUAUUUCACAUCUUGCUUUUAAUAAAAGAACAAACAGAAA